CAGAAAAUAACGUUUGUAUAGUGUAAUCGCAGCAGUCGCGUUCGGGUCGAGUACAAACAACGAGAGAAAGGUGAAAAACAAUUCGUAUUAAAUCAGUUUAGCAAAGUAUAUUGCGGAAUCGUGCUCGGUUAAUGUUUAUAGCUUGUUUGAACAAAGUUUUUAAUACCUAAAUAAUAAACAUCCACGCUCAUGGAAUAUAGACUGUUUUACAAAAACGCGUCUCGCAACGAUCGUGUGAAGGAAAAUAGCAAGCGAUUAAAAUCGAAACGCGAAAGCUCCCGACAGGACCUUCAUUUUAACAAUCGUAACCUUAAUGUGCAUGAAUAUGACGAUGAAGAUAAUGACGAAGUGUUCUACAAACAUCCUCCGGAGCAAGAACCAGAGAUACCCCGCGAAAAGCGACGACGCUCGCGUCAAAAAGAUGAUGAAAACAAGGAGAAUGAAAUGCAGAAUAAAUACAAGGAGCGUCUCGCUCGACUAUUACGGUUCAAAGAAGAACGGGCACGAGCAAAGCAAAAGUCCGUUAAAAAGAAACCAUUUGUUUCUGUAGUACCUAAAAAUAAUCUGGUGGAUCGUGAGUACGAGAAAAAUUUGUUCAAAAAAUCUGAAGCCGAGCUAAGGAAGCUAGACGACCGGAGAAAAGUACCACUGACGCCUGCAGCAAUGCAUGCUACACCUAGAGUAGAUACACGCCGAAAAGAACCACCCACAACUGCAGAAAAGCAGAAGCCAAAAGGGCACAUCCUGAACAUGAAGACUCCCGCAUCUAUUAGGAAAGCUAAACCUAAGGUUGAUACUUGGCGUAAGAAUGCGACUCCAGCAAACGAAAAUGCUAUUAGAAAACAUCAGAGACAGGCAGACAUCAUGACUAGAGGCAAAGUAACGGCAACUGCAUCGAGUGGCGCAACUACGACUAUCAACAAGAACAAACUACAAAACACAGCUGUUUCGAAUAGAAAGAGGGUGCUAGGAAAAGCAGUAGCCGGUAGCAGUGGAAUAACGCAUUAUCAACAAGUACGCGCGAAACAAAAAUCCGUAAAGUUUAAUUUUCUUUUUGCUAAGGACGGCGAUAUGGUCACUUCGACCAAUCGUAAAAAGAAAAGCCUUGAAAAGCUCCUUCAAGCGAAUGCCGCACCGCAGCAAUACCCUGUAACGUUCAGAUUUUCUCCCAAGGCAGCCGCUAACGAUGACGACAUAUUCGAAGGCAUUAGCCCGAUCGAUGUCGAUACCCCAACGCCGAAGAAAGUGGUCGCAGAUUCGGAAGCAAUCGCCAUGCGAAAACGCGAAGUCCGCCGCCGUUCAAUGGUUUUCACCGUUGAAGAUGUGAAACCGACGCAUGUCAAGUCUGAAGCAAGUGACGACGAUUGGGAACCGCAAGUGAUAACCAUUUCGGAUGAUGAAUCAAUGGAUUUAGGUAAAGUUGAAAAAGAGUCAUCCAAGCAAGUAAACGAAUCAUUUACAACGCAAGUAACAGAAGAAAAAUUGAUACACGACAGACGACCAACAAUCGACGAAACUUUUGUGAAAAGUUCACCAAAACUGAUCGAAAUUGGGCGAAAAUCCAUAAGUGGCAGACCAUCUCUAAUAUUCAUUGAAGAUGAACAUAUCCCUAUUGAAUCGCAGAAUGCAAACGCAACACAGACUAUCGUUGGUCGAACCUCGCUCGGAUUUAUCGAAGAAGCCAACGGACCUACGACUGAAAAAUUGCAUCCAUUAUGUAAAAUUGAAACCGCCAGUCCUCGAAGUCGCUCAGGCACUCCUCGGAUGAGCUUCGUUGAAGAGGAUCUACAAUGUACGAAACCCCUUCCUGAAGGGAAUCUUGCAACUAUACUUCUACACAAACAGGAAAUCAAACGUCGAAGCAGUGGUGGAAGCAGCCGGUCUUCGUUGGUUAACUUCCGAGAAGAGGAUCAACCACCUUCGGAUGUGCGUGACAAAGUCGCGUUUUACUAUAACUUAGUUGAGAAGGAACUAAAACGCCUUCAAGAGCUGUGUAAUCUUUACAAAGAUGACCUUCAGAAUGAAAUGAUUGAUGAAAAUGGUAAAGGACUGAUAAUUGCUGCCCAAGGACAAACCAACAUUCUUAUCAACAAAAAGUUAUCCAAGUUUAGAGAAUUAGUAGGUCAUUACGAGAAAAGUUGGAUGGAUCAAAAAGUACGAACUGACGAUUUGGACGGAUUUUGGUUGAUGGUUUCCCUGGACCUGGAGAAUCUCGAUCGUCGUUUUGAUGAGUUACGACAGCUCAAGGAAAAUAAUUGGCAAGAAGUUGUAGAGCAGCAAAAGAUUAAAAAACUCAAAGGAGGCGGUGGAAUUAAAAAACGCGAGAAAAAACCUAUGAAAACUAAAGCCAGUGGGUUGGCCGAUUUGAUCAAAAAAGCUCGCGAAGAGGCUAAAAAGAAAAUAAUGCUAGAAUCGGUCCUGAAGGAAUCUGUUACCGUUGUAACACCUGUAAAGCGUUCGGUUAGAAUAGCAACCACUCCCAGAAGAAGCAGUAUUACGAGAAACAGCCUUUGCGCUGGUUGCACACCGACAUCUGCUAAAAGUGAGCGCAAAACGUUACGCAAGACGAUCUUCAAUGAUCAUACUUUGCGUCGGAAAGAAAUCGUCAAAUCGAUCCUCAAAACUCCUAGUGAAAAACGGCGCGCCAAAAGCGUUCUGUUUUUGGAUUCAGGCUUGGACACACCAGAGGCACGCCGGUCGGAUGGACGUCGUAAAAUCAUUCACACGCCAAAACCGAAAAUCACCUUCAACGAAGAGUUAGAGGUGGAAGAUGUUGAAACAAUUUCGUUGACUACGCCAUACAAAUUGGACGAGGAAAUCCGAAAACGUAGACGAAGCUCACUUCAUGUUCCGGAAAGUACCGAAGAGGUACAACCGCAGUCUAGCUGUACAAAACCAAGAAGCAGACGAAAAACUUUACGGUUUAACGAUGACGAUGAACAGGAAAAGGAAGAGACUUACCCAAGCGAGGAAAGCGUGAGUUUCAGACCAAUCACUCGAAGCCACCGGAGGUAAUGAGAAACGUGCAUAUUGUCUAUAAUUUGAUUUUAUUACGUUUUUCGUUGUGCCACUACGUUUUACUUUUAAUGUAUAAUCUGUCCAAAUAAGUCGAUGGACGAAUAAUUAGGGCGUCUUAUUGUUUCGAGCAUUUUCUUAAAUAAAUGGUAUAUUUUUAAGCAUUCUUUU